AUGUUUUCUAAUUCUGGCCCUCCGCAGCCAGAAUGGCGUCUUCCCCCGCGGCCGCCGACAACUGCGACAGGGACGACGACAGCAACAACAGCUACUUCUACGCCAUCAACUUCUCCGGUCCCUCCUCCCCCUCCUCCGGCUCCGUCAGCACCAGUGCUUCCCUCCUAUAAUCCAAAUGUCUUCGGUCCUAUGCCCGGUGCCCCUCCGGUUGCGACGGGGAUCGACACGACCGCGUGGGGAGUGAAAUUCAACCACCAACACCACCAUCAAGCCCAUUCUCCUCCUCCGUUGCCUCCUCGUCCUCCCAUCGCAACAGACCAUGUCCCGGCGCGCAUCCAGUCUCCGCGAGUCAGCUCUCCGGUGUCGAAUAAACCCCUGCCGUCUGUCCCCCCAUAUGGAGGCCAAAUAGCGCCCGGACAAUAUAGCUAUGGCCCCGCGCAAGCUCUCGGUCCUGUUCCCCCGCCACCGCCCCCGGUUCCUCCUGGUUACCAGAGUCAGUUGCAGCAGCAGGCGCAUCCACCUGCACCUGUCGCAUCGGACCAAAGUGGCGUUAUCAACUAUACAACUUCUUCGCCGCUGGAACGUCCUCUGCCUCAACCUACGCUGGCUGUCUCGACGGAUUUUGGGCCGUUUACUAAUACUGGCAAUGGCCCUCCACCAGUACCGCCAAAGACUAGCUCUAAUGUAUUCACCACAAGUUCUUCAAUGGGACCUUUUAGUCCCUCAGACUGGGAACAUCUGGGACCAACUCCAGGAUAUAUUGACGACACAGAAGUCUUCUCGUCUAAGAAGACAACACCUGUACCUCCAGUUGAACCAUCUCAGAGUCAUGCGACAUCUAUGCAUAGCCCCGCGUCAAACCCUUACAUCCCAACUUCUACCCCGCCUCAGAACGCCUCACCUGCGUUCCAGGUCCCGCAUGCCGAUGAUCAGGUCGGAAUGCAGAAGCCAUCUACCGAGUCGCCGGUCAGCACAAGCUCUGCGCAGGAGCCACCACGUCCAUCUGGUCCGUCCCGGGUCAACACCGCAGAAACAACGCAGAGCUCUGCUACUGGGACCACCGAAAAGAUCGAUGGGGUCAUUGAGGCCUGGGCUCGACCGAUAUCUCCGGACGUCAGGAAAUCUGCUGACGGCAGCCGUCAAAGCCCCAUUUCCAGGCCAGCAGAUAAAACCAUACAACGUAAGCCCAGUCCAAUUGAUCCAAUCGACAUCCCGUCAUCAAGGUCGGGAAGCAGAACUCCCGCAGAGGAGGGACAGCAACUGUCUACCCCUGGCGGUUCGAUGGCAAAUGCAGAGGGGGUUGCCUCUCGUCUAACCGUGGUCGAUCCAUAUGAAGACUUGGAUCCUUGGUUCAAAUCUUCUUUGACUCGUUAUGUCGCCAUGUUGCGCAAGGAAGCGGUUGCUGACUCCGACGAAGAGCGGUACAAGAUCUUCACAGCGUUCACAGCUAAGGAGACGAAACUACGGGAGAUUCUCUAUGGUAUUGAGCAGGAACCUAAGAGCACCAGGGCCGAAGACGUAAACUCACGCCAGCCAACCCCAAGCCCGCAGCAAUCAGCGGAGAAGGAAAAGGAGGGUCCGCCGACACCACAGCCCUCGGCACCAGUAGAAUCUGGUCUGAUCCCGGUAGAAUCAGAACAAGAUGUGCUUGAAUCUACUUACACCACUGAAGAUUUUGAGGAUGGAGAAUACAGUCCUGGUGGGCGGCCAAUCAUUCCCAGACUUUACACUCCCAAUAAUCUUGAGAGACCAGCUACACAACCACCCGGCCAUCAGGCUUCGAAGCUCACAGAUACGGGAAGUCAAUAUGGCGUCCAAGAUCAGUUCUCGCGGUCAUCUUCGGUACCACCUUCGAUGAACAGCGGAAUACAUACGCAGACGUUUGCGCCUCUGACGACAAACCCUCCACAGCCAAUAUACACGCCAUUCCGCUACAUCGAAGGACCUCAACGAGGCUCAGACAAUCUUGCCCUUGAUAAACCGGCCUACCAGGCAUACUCUGAUCUGCGACAAGCCUCUGCUGAGAGCGGACGUGUGAUGGCAAAUGCGCCGGAUUCCGACACGAAAACAGGUGUUAACACUAGAGUUUCCUCCCCAGCUCAAAACGAGCAUAGUGAAACAUUUAUCGGGCUUAUUCGCGAGAAAAGCGUCACAUACAAGAAGAGAAGACCUCGCAGAGCUUCAUCACCUCCUCCAUUGCCGCCGUCUCUCCGGCAAGGUAGACCCGACCCUGUUAAUGACCUGCGAUCUAUGGUCUCAUCCCCGCUAGCCAAGCAAUCAGAGAGCUCGUGGCAUGUUACUACCAGGAAAAGUCUGGAGCAGUACUCCGAUGACUUUACUUAUAUACAAGAAGCGUUUAGUACGUGGGAGACAACUGCUAAGAUUCGACGGCAGAACCUUGAUAAGGAGCGUAUGCAGCGUCAAGAGGAAUCUGAAGCACACGUCGACUCUCUUUUCAAUGGCAAGGAGAUUGGAUAUGCCGAUAUCAACGUUCUCGAGGAAGAGUUCAGGCAAGCAGAAGCUCGAGUGCAGCUUGAUGAAGAAAGACAAGAACUCGACGAUUUCAUUAGAAUUGUUUUCAACCCAGUGGACGAACGUCUGGGUCGGGAGAUUGCUGCCCUUCUGAAUCACUAUGAGUCUGCACUCAGCCAACUCAGUCACGAAAACAGCAAGAUCAAGGAUUCGACUGACAGACACAAUCUGUCACAUACAAUGAAUAUAGUGAACGACAUCUACCGGAAUCUCGAAAUGCGCUACCAGAAACGCCUCAACAUUGCUUUUGACCGAGAGCGGCGCCGAAAGAAGGCCGAACGGAGACCGCUCGUCUUCAUGGGUGAUUCCGGGGCCCUCAGGAAGCUGGACAACGAGUUUGACCAGAUGGAGAAGCGAAACAUUUUUGAGGCGGCCAAGGAUCGUGAUGAGAGAGCCAACCGACUCAUGGAUGCUUUCGACGAUGCUAUUAUGCAUGGUCUAGGCGAAAACCAAAGUCUCCUCGAUGAUGUGGCGGCGAAAGUGAAGAAGGUUGACGCUUCGCAUCUUCAGUCAACUAGCUUGCCAGAGUCGGAAGUGGAGCAGAUUCUGAAGUCCGUCGCGACUAUGGUGGACUCACUCCGACGAGACUCUGAAUCCAUUUUGCAUAACUUUGGCAUCGCCGAUGCCACCCUCAACAACGCUGACUACCGCCUGUCCGUGGCCGAGGCUCGUUACACCAACGCGGACCAUGAUGUUUUCCGCCGUCUCAAUGCCGAGAAACAGAAAGAAGAUGCGAAGAUCCAGAAAGACCUCGAGUCGAAGCUGGAGAGUGUCCGUGAUGGGCCUGCUGAGAUCACUCAUAAGAUCAGCGAGCUACUUAAGGCUUUAGGGAAAGACCCGGUAGCCGAGCCAGAAGCGUCAUCUGAUGUCACAGCAUCUACCAGCCAUCCUGUUGAUAGUUUGAUGCCAGGUCCCCGUCCUGCUACUGCUGGUCUACCAUCCAAUGAAGACUCGGAACAUCAGCGGCGGAUUCGGAGGGCUCUGGAAGCAGCGAAAAAGAGGAAUGCUGCCAAAGCGCACGGUACUAUGGCAUUGCAGUAA